AUGACUUGUUUGCUGAUCUCCGCAACUGGCUUACUCGUCAAAGAUUUUCUUAACUACGACGUCAGUGUUUACACUCAACUCCGAUUGGACGAUCCCUCCCCGUUCCCAGCCCUCACUGUGUGUCAUCAGCCACCAUUCUCAUAUAACGCAUAUGAACUGUGGAAACGUAAGGAAAUUAUCUCACCUUCACAGUAUAACCGAUAUAUGCGUCAACUGACUUUGGAUGCAUUGUACAGGAACGAUUUGGAAUCGGUGAGUCGGAUUUGGGGUUAUGAUAGUUUAAGUGUAUAUUAUCAAAAUUUACCUUACCACGAUGCCGUAAGGCUGGGACAUACGUCAUCAAUAUAUUUGAGUUGUAUGCGUGGGUUUUCUCACACAUUUGCAUUUGAAGACGAUUGUAACUUUUUACCUGGUUACAGAGUUUAUCAAUUUUCACAUCAUCUCUACUUAAACUGUCAUACGUUUGAGCCAAUUAACCCUGAGGAAGCAAAUGAAACCACCAUUUUCAGUCUUGUGGUUGGCAUGGGUCCACGGGACAAAGACAUAGAAUUACAACAGGCCUUUUUCCUGGACGUUUUCGAACAAGCCCGUGGUUUGCGCAUAGUCGUGCAUGAGGCUGGGACAUUGCCUGAUUUGGAAAAAAACGGAUUACAUGUAGAACCUGGAAAAUUGAACGAAAUAACUUACGAGGCACAUCGAUGGAAUAAACUGGACACUCCAAAGCGACGGUGCAUGAAAGCUAAUGAGACACACCGAUUUCGUGAUUUAGAACGCUGGUUUAACUAUACUCAUGCUGACUGUCUGAUGCAAUACCAACAGCUGGAAAUUAUGCGCAAUUGCCACUGCAUUUAUGUGAUGCACCCGCGAUUAUCUUUGCCCAGUGUGAAGCUACCGUAUUGUGGUCGACUUUUACCAAAUUACAACCAAACAGCAUUUGUGAAACGACUGGAGUGUUUGGCAAAAUAUUUGGAUAAUGAUAUCAAGAGGAAGUAUGACGGUACAAAAUGUUUUCCUAGAUGUAACUACUAUGACUAUUCAAGUACCACGUCAAUUACAAAGUGGCGUGGGUAUCCCUGGCAAUUGUACUGGCUUCGUGUACAAAACCAGGCAUCACAAACAUUAAUGCAACUGCACAGCGAAGCGCCCGGACGAAACUUGAGCCAAGAGACAGCUUUCAAGCAAUGGGAGCUCUAUCUAACUUAUGAAAAUCUGACUCAUAUACCCACAAAAAGUGAACUACUUCAGCUGCCUGGCGACCAUAGCUUGUACGAUAAACUUCCUCAAUGGCCUCCAGAGGGCCUCGAUUUGGACAGUGACGAUUUUGCAUACGUUGUACUGAAACGCAAGUCACCGAAUACUGUAGAACAAAACGAGAAGUUGGUUCUGAGCUUGUAUGUAUUAGUGAGCCGCGUGGGUGGUCUUUGCUCCCUUACAGUUGGUCUGACAGCAGCAUUCGUGGUUGAACUGUUGGAAUUUAUUUACCUCUUUUAUGUCCAGUCCAAAGCAUCAAAGACAGGGACGACAGCCGAGGAGUUAAAGCGAACGACAACAGAAUUUACGGAGGCUACGUUUUCUCCAGAGCAUUAA